AUGGCGCAACCGUUGUUCCAAUUGAGAAAGGAGUUAAGUCUUUCUGUCUCAGAAGACAUUAGCUUUAUAGAUGAUCGCUCCAGCCACGCAGCAACAGCGGAUUCUUCAGCUCUUCCAGAGAGUACCAGCAAUAAAUUCACCAAUGAGGUUGUUUUGACUGAAAAUAGUAAAUAUGUGGUCAGCCGAUUAGCCCCAAAUUUGUGUUUUCUUCCUGAUGGGGGGUGGGAGAUAUUUCGUGGUUCCAUUGACAAUUAUUCAGGGAACGCUCUCUGUAAUGACAAGGAUAAUUUGUAUAUUUGGCCUUUCAAUUCGUCGCAGAAACGUCCCAACUUCAUAAGAAUACCGUUACAUGAGGAAGAUCAGAUACUGGCGUCUCCACCCAGGUGUUGUUUUACAUGGCCAUCUGCUGGUGAUGAUAACGACCAGACAAAGUCAUCUGGUAUUUUGAUAGUAAACCACACUACAGGCUUAGUUCAAUUUUAUGAGGAUAUCAACACAAUUAACAGUGUUUCGACAUUAAUAUCGAAGACUAGGGUGAUCGAGCUGGAUUUAAAAUUCAAGGAAAAGGAGUGCGUCGCAGAUAUCAUCAAUGCAGAGCCAACUGGGGUUUUGGUGUCCACCUCUUUUGGCCGUUUGCUGCUAAUAACUAUUAGGGAUGGUAGCGGUAAACCACGUUUGCAGUUGAAGCAGCAACUGGUAAAGUCACAAGUUGGAUUCUUUUCUAGUUCCAUGAAUUCGUUCAAGGAAAUCGUGUCGAUCCGACCAGGUCCGAUCACUGGAAAGGGGGAGAGGCUACUGUCUACCAUUACCAGAGGGGGUGACUUCAAGGUAUGGAAUAUUUCAGCUACUAUGAACAGCUACAAAAGGAUUGAAGUUAAUAUCUACGAGCAAAUUUUAGACUCUCUACAGGGUUUGUAUCCUUUCGCCCAUGGGAGCUUACAGGUUCUAGACUCCCAUCCAUUACCGCAUGAUCCUGCUGCACAUUUGGUUCUAGCUUCCAUAUUUGAUAACAAGGAAUCUUAUUAUAUUUUAACAACUAUAAAAUUUGAAGAAACUUCCAACAGUUUUUCCAUUUUUUCGGUAUACAGAUUGAACACUUAUAUUCAAAACAACCAAGCGAAACCCCACUUAUUUAUACCUGGUGGCCUUGAUCAUGACCUUUCCAAUCAUGAAGAGAAUACGCCAGUUUACAUAUUGUUCCAAGAUGCCGUGGUAAUGACACAGGCUUCAACAAAGUUGGACUCUAAUUAUCCUCUCAGACGCAGGUGGGAAGAUAUAAUUAGCUUACGUGAUGAUGCCGUAAUUAUUGGAUACGGUUAUGCCAACAAUGCGCUUUGCUUAAUAAACAAAAACCAAGGUGUUUUAAAAAUCCAAUCUAAGCCAGAACAUAUAGGCGACAUCAUUGAAUCGAGGUUUAUUAAAUCUCACAUCGACCAGGCUGUCUAUUUUUCUCAAGUUUCAGAAAAUCCAAUCGAAUUUAAUUUACCCAAUGGCAUAGAGUUGGAGCGAGAAGAAAUCGAAGAAGAUUUAUUAACUAGCGGAAACGAAAUUUUGCUCUCUGCAUCAAGCUAUAUACCACCAAGACUAAACUCUUUGGCUAGCCAUCUACAGAUAAGGGUGGACCUCUUUGAAAAUUUGUUGCAAUUUACAAGAUCAAACUUCAAUCACAAAAUAUCGCCUCAAUGCAAACUAACUCUGAUUGAAAGCUUCGAAAUUCUUAAAAGUUCACUCUCAUUAUUGCUGAACCUUUCGAAUUACAAAGAGUUCUCAGAAUUAUGGAAAAAGACUUUAAUGUCUGAAAACCUUGACGAGGAGCAGUUAUUUAUUUCUCAAUUAAAUGAAUUUCCAGGUAUCUUCGAAAAGUUUUUAGCUAACUUGGACGAAGUUUUACGUCCAUCUGACAAUAUUGAAUUGAAGGCAUUUGGUGCUGAUUUGAUCAAUUCGGUCAUUUAUCAAGCUUGCUUAGAAGAAGGCGAAAAUGAGUAUAGAUAUGGUAAGCUGAAUUUGGCAAUUACUGAGAUCAACUCUACUCUUCCAUGGUUCACUAAAUUUUCAAUCCCAGUGAAUAUUAACAAGAUAUUAUUACACCUUGUGUAUUCAUCUGAUGACAUUUCGCUGCUUUCAAAGUUUGACAAGAAACUGCUAGAUCUAAUUAAGACUUUGUAUUAUAUGUGCAAGCAGUCCGAUAUUUGGUAUCGUGAUAAAUCCACCAGUUCCAAAUCCGAAGACUAUGAGCAAUUGAUGGAGUUCUACAAUGCAAAUCAUCUAACAUGGGUGCAGAUUUUAGCCAAAGUCAACCGUGCCACUGAUGCAUUGCAAAUUGCAGACUUCUAUCAUGACUUGGGCGGCCUGGUUGAAAUAUUGAAUGGAUUUAAAAAAGAACAAGCACAACCCAUAUACGAGGAAUUUUUUGCUAAAUAUGACUUCCAAUUCGCGGAAUCCAUUUUCACUUCAUUCAUAGAACAAGGCAGAAUCAACGAUUUAUUCUUCCAAUUUCCCAACUAUCAUCACUUUUUGAUCAAGUUUUUUGAAACCCAUCCCCAGUACGGUUAUGUUUCAUGGUUGGGAAAUAUAUUUGACGAAAAAUACAGUAUAGCCUCUGAAAUCCUAACAUCUGUUGCGACCUCGAAUACGGACAAUAGUUUUGAUAUUGAUCAACGCCAAGUUCAAUUGAGUAUUGCAAAACUAAGUGCUUUAGCUACUGAGGAGGACUCUCCUAAACUAGAAAUUUUGGAAGUAGUCCAACCUCAUCUGGAUCUCAUCGAUGCACAAAAAAAUUUGUUUACAUCGAUUCAAAUGGGCAUUAGCUUUAACUCCAGGUAUCGAAAGUCAGGUAAGGAAGUUAAAAAGUAUUAUGAAAGUCUCAUAGACAAGAUCAAAAGAAAUUCACCCGUUUCACUGUCGGCGAUUGUUGAUUUGUACACUUCUCUUGAAGGGCAUGAAGGCUUUUACUCCGCCUUGAAGCUGCUCACAUUAGACAGGAUAAUACCCGAUGAAGAACGGAAAAUGAUUAUAGCAGUCGUUUGGAGGAGAUGCAUCUUAAUGACGGACUGGAAACAAUUUGCUAACGAUACAGAAACUCCUGUAUAUUUUGUUUUACUCAAGUUUUUUCGGGAACGCCUAUUUGAUGCAGGCAUUCAAUUACCAGAUUUUGAAUCAUUAUCGGCUACUUCAAUCGGUGACGAUAUUGUAAGCGCUCUGUAUGGAACUCUAGAUGAUUCGGAACCGUUCAAGAAGCUUUUAACAAAAGAGCUUGAAGACUUGCGUAGUCUGAAUCCUGAUUUUCAAGUUCGUUUGCAAUCUCUUAUUGGCUCAGCAAGCAACGAAACCGGAUCUAAAUUCGUUAUCAACUAUGAAACGAAUACCGUUGAAUAA